CGCGGGGAGGAUUUAGACAGCACAACGGAAUUCAACAAUAUACGAAAGAUUGCCGCAUUAUCUCAGUUCAAACUCAAUAUUCUCAUGUGAAACGGCCACUAGAUGAUUAGUAUCGAAUGCAGAAUGCGAUGAUAGCAGGAAAUUGCAAAUAAAUCGUCUUCGGCAGAACGCUCCAGCGGGAUGUCGGAACCAGCCCCUACCACCGCCUCUAUUCUCCCCAUCCUGUUACCUCCACCCACGCUACGUCCUCUUGCUUUCAGAAUAUUUACGAAAAAGCAUAGCUUGACUAUUACAGCAUCGAGCUUACAGUUGCUGGCUACGUUUGUAGGGAGGAACUGCGGUUCAGGAUGGCGGGAAGAAGGCCUCGCCGAGCUCGUCCUCGACGAAAUCGCGAAAGGAUGGAAGAAGCGUGGAGGCGGAGUAAUCCUCGAAGAUAGCAAAAGUGGCAAUGCCUUGUUGAAAUCGAUAUUACGGACUAUGGAAGCCAAUAUGAGCGGUGGGAGGGUUAUUAUUCGCGAUCACACCAGGAGUACAAGCGGUUCAACAUUAACAUUAGGCCAUGAAACGGCGGACGGUGAGCCAGGUAGACCUAGCAAUGCAAAUGAAAGGGGGCAAAAUCCCAACGAAGAAUCGUUGGAAAUAGGAGAUGAUGGCGCCCUGAGUGAUACUAGAAGGUGGAUUAAGAUUCUCAGCGCAUUCGAACAAAAUCGCCCGGUCUAUAAUAUAAGCAAGAAGAAUUUCGAUAUAAUAACUACACCUCCAUCCUUAUUCCCGCCACCCUCUCAGAGAGCCAACAUCUUGAGAGAUCGAUAUAACCUCAUUUAUCAGAGACUACUACGCAAUGAAACCUUUCAAAUACCACUCCAGGGAUCUACCUCAUCAGUAUCCAGCAUGCAACGAUCCUAUAAACUGACAUCGAUCGCUAAUCUUCUGGGGAGGACUGGCACAUCGCAUCUGCUUCUCGGUCUGCUCUCUAUGUCUCCGGCUGGAGAUCUCUCCUUAACAGACCCAACCGGAAGCAUCACCCUUGAUAUCACACAUGCCCAGGCAGUGCCAGAAGACGGGGCAUGGUUCGCACCAGGAAUGAUAGUCCUUGUCGACGGGAUUUACAGAGAGGAGGAAGUUAUCUCUGGAUCUACACUGAACGGAUCAAGUGGGAUUGGCGGCACAAUUGGGGGAAAGUUUACUGUAGCCUCUGUUGGUGGACCUCCGUGUGAGCGGCGAGAGGCUUCAACUGGCGCAGGGCAUCGCGUCGAGGAUGGUGGCAGGGCCGUCGAAGGUGGAUUUGGUUGGGUUGACUUCUUAGGUGUCGGGAGUGAACGAAGCAAAGGUUAUCGGAUGCGACAAAUUGAAAAAAUCUGUCUUCGCAAGGGUCAGCCCAACGAGCAGCAGGAUAUAAGGAAGCGGAUAGUUGUUAUGAGUGAAGUCAAUUUGGACGUCCCAAAAACAGAGGGCGCACUCACACAUGUCUUCGAAAGUUACGCUUCACUUCCGGAAGAGCAGAUGCCCCUAGUCUUUAUUUUGAUCGGCAACUUCGUCCAGCAUGCCAUCAUUUCUGGUGGAGGGAGUGCAGGUAGUAUCGAGUGCAAGGAAUAUUUCGACAUUCUUGCUUCCAUCCUCUCAAACUAUCCGCGGCUCUUACAAAACGCGACGUUCGUAUUUGUUCCGGGAGACAAUGACCCUUGGGCAUCUGCCUACUCUGCCGGCUCAUCCACGACCGCGCCGCGAGAUGCAAUCCCUGAUCUGUUCACAUCCAGAGUCAAACGUGCCUUCACAAAUGCCAAUAGCGAGGUACCUGCACGUACAAAAUCUACUCCAGGGCAGGCCAUCUGGUCAUCCAAUCCCGCGCGUCUCAGCCUUUUUGGACCCGUACAUGAGCUUGUCGUGUUCAGGGAUGACAUCUCUGAGCGCCUAAGGCGUACCUCGAUCGUUUUCAAACCGCAAAAGGUGCAAGACGAUUUACACCCCACGGAUAAUGAUAUGGAAGUAGAGAAAUUAGAUACUGAAGAACCUCACACAGAAGAACAAGACGGUGAAAAAGAAAGAGAAGAACUGCAGCAACAGCAGCAACAACAGCAGCAAAUAGAAGAAAUUCCCCCACAAAACCCAACCACAACAACCCAAGAAAAUCUCCACGCGUCUCGAAAACUGGUCAAAACAAUCCUCGACCAAAGCCACCUCUCCCCCUUCCCCCAACACAUCCGGCCAAUUCUAUGGGACUACGCGCCUGUCUUACACCUCUACCCAUUACCAACCGCCAUGAUCCUAGCGGACUCCAGCGCAGAUCCCUUUGCGGUCACCUAUGAAGGAUGCCAUGUUAUGAAUCCGGGUAGACUUAUACCAGAAGGGAGCAGGAGCCUAGUGAGAUGGAUUGAGUAUGAUGUGGCGAAGCGGAAGGGGAGCGUGAAAGAGGAGCGGUUCUGAGAGGUCCUUUGCGUGCUAUGUAGUUGUUUCUUACUUUUUUAAUGAGUCUCUGUCGGAUCUGUUCUGGAAUUGGGUGCAUUUAUUAGGUUCUUAUAUUCAGCAUGCGCAAGCGUUUACGAAGCUUUUGCAUAGAAUAACUACAUAGAUAAUCUCAUGUCUUCUUUUUGCUGCCUUGUACAGUACAUGUACACCCUUGCAUCUACCCGGUAAUGUCCAUUGUUAUUUGUUUUGUUGGAGGUUUACAGGGAUAGUUUAAGCUUUCUAUUUUGAAACACCGCCAUAGAAAUAAUAUAAACGUAUGUCACCCAGUUGGUCAUAUGCGUUGUACCAUAUUGCCUGAGGAUGCAACGAUUCAAAAAAAGUCCGCAAUAUGCCAUUAUCCAUUAUUGCUCUUUCAACCUAGGAAGGGAGUGCAGUGAGAGCAAUAUUCUAUCUGAGCAUAGUGCAUAGGCAGUUAGGUUAGUUACAAGGACUCCCUGGAGACCCAAAAAAUGGAGCUUGAAAAAUAGAUAAAAUGAAAAAUAAAUUAGGUUAGAUAUCACUUAAAAAAGAUCUUGGAGACAUGAUUUCUAAUUCCUGGCGGUAUAGCUCCAUAGAUUUCUCCCUGAAAAUCCACGCAAUUCGUUUCCAUUGGCUA